AAUCCUCAAACCCUACCCUCAUAUAUCUCUCAGGCCUUUGCCGCCGAAAACCCUAGCGGAUAGAGAGAGGGAGAGAGAGCGAAGGAAAAUGACGACCCGGUUCAAGAAGAACAGGAAGAAGCGCGGGCACGUGAGCGCUGGACAUGGUCGCAUCGGGAAGCACAGGAAGCACCCGGGAGGCCGCGGAAACGCCGGAGGCAUGCACCAUCACCGGAUCCUCUUCGACAAGUACCAUCCUGGGUAUUUUGGAAAGGUCGGUAUGCGAUAUUUCCACAAGCUCCGCAACAAGUUCUACUGUCCCAUUGUCAACGUUGACAAGCUCUGGUCCCUGAUCCCCAAGGACGUCAAGGAUAAGGCCUCCAAAGACAACGCUCCUCUCAUCGACGUCACCCAGUUCGGCUUCUUCAAGGUCUUGGGCAAGGGAGUCCUCCCGGAGAACCAGCCCGUAGUCGUGAAGGCCAAGCUCGUCUCGAAGAUUGCCGAGAAGAAGAUUAAGGAGGCCGGUGGUGCCGUUGUCCUCACCGCUUAGGUUUUGUUGCUUUGGUUAUAAGUUACAUUUUGGGUUCAUUUUAAAUUUUGAUUUAUAUAGGAACUACGUUUAACCUUCUGUUUGUGCUAUAAGUAUUGCGUUCUGAGUUUUAAACGAUGGGAUUAUUUAUGCUUAUGUUUUUCGCUUUGGUA